UCGCACGUAGCAAUGGUUUUACCCACAGGUGUAUUACAGUCUUCUUACUCGUACAAAAUGGUUGUUGACUGGAUAAAUUCGUUUAAAAUUAAAAAGGUUAAAAUUACAUAUCGCGUAUUCGUAUAGGUACGAUUAUAUUUACGGGAAAAAAAAAAAAACAAGAAAAGUGUAUAAAAAAUUUAAUAUUAAUAUAACACAUAAGAGAGAUAAGGAUACAAGAAUGGGUGACACGAGUAACGAGUACAAAACAUCGAUAUUUGACGCUGUGGAAUUACAAGUAAACGGUAUAUUAAAUCCUACGUUACACGAGCACAGUCUUUUGCAAAGCUUUGUAAGCGUAGGCAUAGAUAAUACAGAUGCGAAACAAUCUAAUGAAGAAUCUAAGAACGUAAGUAAGAAAGCACGUGCAAGACAUUGCCUUGGAAAAAAUGAAGAGAACAAUGAUCUCGAUAAUCGAGAAACAGAUAAUGGCGAUUCGAAUAAAACGAAAAGGACGAAUAAGCGAUUUAAGGAGAAAAUGGAUACGUCUUUUAUAGAAGUUCAAGUGCAGAUGCAGAAAUCAAGACUGAAACAAAGAAGCAAUAAUGCUCCGCGUCAAGAAGAAAUUUAUACCGAUAAAGAUCGUGCUGCUGCCGUUAAUAUGGGUAGCAAGGAUAUUAAACAAUCCCUAAGGCAAAAAAAACGGCAAGACCGUGAUAAGAGUCCAUUACUUUCGGAUAUUGCCGAGCCAGGCUCUGUUCUAGAAUUAGGAAAACGUGAAAUGCGACUUGGCAACGUCAAUGCCGCAUUUAAUUUUAUAAAUAAGGCAUUGGAGUUGAGCCCUAAUGAUGCUAAUGCGUUGAUUGCACGAAGUAGAUGUUAUCUUUUACUGGGUAAUCCACAAAACGCAUUGCAGGAUGCUGAAACUGCAUUGCAAUGUAAAUUAAAGGAUUCGGUGAACGCUCGUGCGGUAUAUUAUAAAGCGGAAGCUUUAUAUUACCUUGGCGAUUUCGAGAUGAGUCUGGUAUACUAUUACCGUGGAAUGAAAAUGCGACCAGAGUUUGGACAAUUCCGAUUAGGAGUACAGAAAGCGAAAGAUGCAAUACGUAACAUAUUAAAUCACGGUUAGCAAAGAUUAUUGUAAUAUUUACAAGUUGACAUGACACCGAUUUUUUAUUUGUUCGAAUUCUGUUGAUAAUAUUCUAAUACGUGUAUCUUCUUCAUUAAAUUUUUCAUCUCAUGAAU